UGGAGCCCGCUAUCCUUGGCGCCUGCCUGACCGAGGCUUUGGGGACCACAGCCCCGCAUCCGCGCCUUUGUCUGCUCCCUCCGCCCCACCGCCCCCAUGGAGCGCGCCGCGCUGUCGCCCUGCCGGGUCCCGCUGCCACUGCUGCUGCUGCUCGGUGCCUUCUCGCUGCUGGCGGCCCGAGCGGGCGCUGACCUGUCCAUGGAGAACUGCUGUACUGAUGGACACCGCAUGGCCACCCAGCAGAAGGAUUGCUCACUGCCCUACACAUCGGAGUCCAAAGAGUGCAGGAUGGUCCAGGAGCAGUGCUGCCACAGCCAGCUGGAGGAGCUGCACUGUGCCACCGGCAUCAACCAGGCCAACGAGCAGGACAGUUGUGACGCGCUGUCCGGCACCAGCCCUGAGGCCAUGUUUGUGAAGAGAUGUUGCCACUGCUGUCUGCUGGGGAGGGCGGCCCAGGCUCAGGGCCAGAGCUGCGAGUACAGCCUCAUGGCUGGCUACCAGUGUGGACUGGUCUUCCGGGCAUGCUGUGUAAAGAGCCAGGAGAGCUCAGACUUGGUGCCCGGGGACGUUGAGGACGUCCAAGAGCCAGCUAAAAUUCCUGAGGGCGAGGAGGAGCAAGAGGACCCAUAUUUAAAUGACCGCUGCAGAGGCGGUGGGCCCUGCAAACAGCAGUGUCGAGACUCGGGGGACGAGGUGGUCUGCUCUUGCUUUGUGGGCUACCAGCUGCUGCCCGACGGCGUCUCGUGUGAAGACGUAAAUGAGUGCAUCACGGGCACGCACAGCUGCCGGCUGGGCGAGACCUGCAUCAAUACCGUGGGCUCUUUCCGCUGCCAGCGGGACAGCAGCUGCGGGACAGGCUAUGAGCUCACGGACAACAACGACUGCAAAGAUAUUGACGAAUGUGAGAGUGGUAUUCAUAACUGCCUCCCCGAUUUUAUCUGUCAGAAUACUCUGGGAUCCUUCCGUUGCAGACCCAAGCUACAGUGCAAGAAUGGGUUUAUACAAGAUGCUCUAGGCAACUGUAUUGAUAUCAAUGAGUGCUUGAGUAUCAGUGCCCCCUGCCCUGCCGGGCAGACGUGCAUCAACACAGAGGGCUCGUACACGUGCCAGAAGAAUGUGCCCAACUGUGGUCGAGGCUACCACCUUAAUGAGGAGGGCACCCGCUGUGUCGAUGUGGACGAGUGUGCGCCGCCCUUGGAGCCCUGUGGGUCGGGGCACCACUGUGUGAACACCCCGGGGUCUUUCCACUGUGACUGCAAGUCUGGUUACUAUUUUGAAGGCAUCAGCAGGACAUGUGUGGACAUCAACGAGUGCCGACGCUACCCUGGCCGCCUGUGUGGCCACAAGUGCGAGAAUACACCCGGCUCCUAUCACUGCAGUUGCACGGCCGGCUUCCGGCUAGCCGCAGAUGGCCGCUCCUGUGAAGACGUGAAUGAGUGCCUCAGUAACCCCUGUAGUCAGGAGUGUGCCAAUGUCUACGGCUCCUACCAGUGCUACUGCCGCCGGGGCUACCAGCUCAGCGAUGUGGAUGGCGUUACCUGUGAAGACAUCGACGAGUGUGCCCUGCCCACCGGGGGCCACAUCUGCUCCUACCGCUGCAUCAACAUCCCCGGAAGCUUCCAGUGCAGCUGCCCCUCGACCGGCUACAGGCUGGCCCCCAAUGGCCGCAACUGCCAAGACAUUGAUGAGUGCGUGACCGGCAUCCACAACUGCUCGGUCAACGAGACCUGCUUCAACAUCCAGGGCGGCUUCCGCUGCCUCUCCUUCACCUGCCCUGCCAACUACCGCCGCUCCACAGACACGCUCCGCCAAGAGAAGACAGACACCGUCCGCUGUGUGAAGGCCUGCCUUCCCAACGACGUGACGUGCGUGCUGGACCCGGUGCACACCAUCUCCCACACCGUCAUCUCGCUGCCCACCUUCCGGGAGUUCACCCGCCCUGAAGAGAUCGUCUUCCUCCGGGCCAUCACGCCCGCGUACCCUGCCAACCAGGCUGACAUCAUCUUUGACAUCACGGAGGGGAACCUGCGGGAAUCCUUUGACAUCAUCAAGCGCUACAUGGACGGCAUGACUGUGGGUGUUGUGCGCCAGGUGCGGCCCAUCGUGGGCCCCUUCCACGCCGUCCUGAAGCUAGAGAUGAACUACGUGAUCGGGGGUGUGGUCUCCCACCGCAAUGUCGUCAACGUCCACAUCUUCGUCUCUGAGUACUGGUUCUGAGGGCCUGUCCAUAGUGCAGCCAAGGCUGUGCCUCCAGGCCAAGUCAUAGCCAAGAGCAGCGCUGCCUGGGCUUCGGUGCACCAUCCAGACACUUCAUAGUUUCAUGUAUUUGUUUGUAGUGUUAGGACAACGUAUUAAUCUGGGCCAAGUGAUAAGUCCAUCUGAUCUACUGUGGUGUUUCAAUGACAAGUCCAUGGACUUGUAUUUGGUUAAAACCUUGUUUGUCUUUUUUUAAAUGCAAAGGUUAGUUAUUGCUCCCUCACUCUGCUUGUGGGCUGGGCGUUGCCCAGGACCAAGAAAAGGAAGGCAUGCUCCCCGCCAGGGCAACCAGUCCAAAUGUCGUGAAAAGACCAGUUCUGGCCCUGGUGGUGUGAAACUCGACAUUUUGGUACUUUCAUGUCCAAAUUCUACAGACAAGGCUGCUCUCAGACAGCAGGCGCGAUAGAUACAUUAUCCUCAAAGCAAAGUUCCUUCGGAGCACUUGGAAGGUCGAUUUCCGUUCUGUUUCAGAUGGAAGUAAAGCAAGCAGCUUUGGUCAAGGUCCAGUACUAGCCGGCUGGAGGGUGGUGAUGGCCCAAGUGUGUUCAGGAACGGAAUAAUGUGUUUCUUCUGUUCUAGAUGGGAAAUAAAUGGCUCUGUGGGCCCCACAA